AUGGAGAAACAAAAGAGAAAACCGCGCUGGAGCAAGUUAAGAAGAAAAAUCACUCACCCCCUGCACAAGGGAUCGGAGGGGAAUGUACAUAAAGUGGGAGUUCCAAAUAGAAGUUUCAGUCUAGUUUCAGUCAUUUUUUGCGCCGCAUUUGUUGUUUAUGUUAUCCAAUAUGAUGAAACAGAUAUUCACUCUGUCAGAAGAAUUCUAAGCGAAGAUACUUUUCCCAGCACAGAAGAGCCACCUGAAAAUCCUACCAACUCCUGCACUCCUCGUCACAACAUUGUCUUUCUGAAGACUCACAAAUGUGCCAGCUCCAGCAUACAAAAUAUCUUCAAUCGUUACGGGUACAGACAUGGUCUAACCUUUGUCCUUCCGGCAAAAGGCAGCUACAUAGGUCAUCCGGAGCCUUUUAAUUGGUCCAUGGUGCCUGAUGUCCGGAAGUUUGGGCUGCACUACAACAUCUUGACUCACCAUUGUCGUUUAAACUAUGACGAAAUGAGGAGGAACUUGCCGGAUAAUGUAGUCUUCAUAACCAUAGUCAGAAAUCCAGUUGAGUUGUAUGAAUCACUUUUUUCCUUUUACAGCCUACAUCGAUUCUACAAAGAAAGAUUUGAUACUUUAGGAAAACACCAGAAACCUCCUGGGUUCUACGAAAAGCGAAUGGGAGGUAAAAUUGGCUUCAACCAGAUGCUGUUUGACCUGGGAAUGGACGAUAAAGCCUUCGGCAACACUUCAGCUGUCAUGGAUUACGUACGUUUCAUAGAUUCCGUCUUCGAUUUGGUGAUGGUGAGAGAAAGAAUGGACGAGUCUUUGGUGCUCUUAAAAGAACUGCUUUGUUGGGAUAUCGACGACGUCAUAAUAUUCCAUCUAAAUGCUAGAAAUGAAAGAUUCAAAAGGAAGCUAAGCAGUGAUCUCUACCAACGACUUGUGAAAUUCAACAGUGCAGACAUGAUCCUUUAUAAAUAUUUCAACAGACGACUUACAGAGAGAAUAAACGAAUUUGGUCCGGAAAGAAUGGUCGAGGCAGUCGAAGAACUCAGAAAUCGAACUCGCAUGUGGUACGAUUUAUGUGUACAGAAGCAAGAAUUCCAGUCUAAAGUCAUCAAUGCCAGAAGGUAUUUCACCAACAAAAUGGUUAUGGCAUAUGUAAAGAAGAAGGAGGUCAACGCAACUUGCGAUGAUCUGACGACCCAAGAGCCCAUAUUUACUGAAAAGCUGGUGUACAGGCAAAGAUUUAUGUUUCCAAGACCGAAACCGUACAGAUCGAGAUAUAAAUAUCGAAUGCAUCGGUGGCAUUGAUGGGUGCCUUACACAGAUUGCUUAUUUAAUAUGUUCCUGUUUAUUACCAAUGACGGUAAAUUUAUUGA